AUGGCCGUCCUGGGCAAGCGCAAAGCGUCAGCAUCCUCAACCCCACCUCUCGAUGCCGACGACCUUUUGCGCCGACACUUUGAAGCCCGCUUCCAGCCACUCGAAAUUCAAACUGCCCCCGCGAGCAAGUCGCUGCCGCAAGACGACCACGGCCACGGCCACGGCCACGACCACGACCACGAACACGACCACGACCACGACCACGACCACGGCCCCGAUGACGACCGCACCGGCUCAGAGUGGGAGGGCCUCUCCGACGACGACGGCGCCCAGGGCGGCGCCCACGUGUCUGACCACGACGAGGGCAGCACCGCCGUCCAAGUAGUCGAUCACUCCGUGCCGCACACCGCAAAGGAAAGCACAAUGUCCAAGCGAGAACUGAAAGCUUUCAUGUCCUCCCGACCGCCCGACCAGACCGUCCCGCCGACAAAGCCCCAUCCGGAAUCCUCGCCCAGGCCGUCGCCCUCCUCCCUUCCCGAAGACGCCCCUUCUCUACUCGCCCAGGACCUCGAGCUGCGCCGCCUCCUCGCCGAGUCGCACCUCCUCGCUCCCCACGCCGCCGCGAAAUCCCUCUCCGGCGUCUCCUCCACCCCCGCGCCGCCCAGAUCCUUUGCCGCCGGCCGCACGCGCCAAAAGGCCACGGAUCUCCGCGUGCAGGCCCUGGGCUCCACAGUGUCCGUCCUCAAGCAGGACAAGAUGCCAAUGCGUAUACGAAAGGGAAAGGCGGCCGCGGCGGAUGCUCGCGAGGCCAAGCGGCGCAGGGAGGCGAGGGAGAACGGAAUCGUGCUGGAGAGAGAGGCGGGCAAGCGGGCAAGGAGGCAGAGGAGCGGCAGCGGCAGGGGCGGCGCUGUCGACAGACCUGGAGUGGGGAGGAUGAAGGGUGCGGAAUUGCGCAUUUCCGAGAGCGACGUCCGUGGUAUCCAAGGGGCCAGAGAUGUAUUUGGUCGAAAGGGGAGGAGAUGA